GAGUUAUUUCUCUUUAUUCUUUAAUAAGCACGACACCAAUUCUCUUCGCCAAUCUCCCUCUCUAUUCAGCUCUUCUUCUCUUCGGCUCCUCUCAGAGGCCCUCAGGGUGAUUUUCAUUUCUGAAUAAUUCACAAAAAUAAUUAUGUUCCAGAGGAAGCAUAAUACUUGUGAUAUUGAGGAGCAUGAUGACAUAUUCCAAGAACAGAAGGUUAAUGAGCUUAAAGCUGCAAUUGGACCGUUGUCGGGUCGAAGUUCUACAUAUUGCACCGAUCCAUGCCUCAAGAGAUACUUGAGAGCUCGUAACUGGAAUGUUGCCAAGUCAAAGAAGAUGUUGCAGGAGUCCCUUAAGUGGAGAUCAACUUAUAAACCAGAAGAAAUUUGCUGGAAUGAAGUUGCUGUGGAGGGAGAAACUGGAAAGGCUUACAGAGCAGGAUUUCAUGAUCGAGAGGGCAGAACUGUUCUUAUAAUGACACCAGCAAAACAGAAUACAACAUCGCACGAGAAUCAACUCCGGCAUCUCGUUUAUCUGUUGGAGAAUGCCAUUCUGAACCUGCCUGAGAGUGAAGAACAAAUAGUUUGGCUCAUUGAUUUCACCGGGUGGUCUCUGAGCAAUGCUGUGCCGAUUAGAACAGCUCGAGAAACAAAUAACAUAUUGCAAAAUCAUUAUCCGGAACGGCUUGCUAUGGCAUUCUUGUACAAUCCUCCGAAAAUCUUUGAAGCUUUUUGGAAGAUAGUUAAAAUGUUUGUGGAUCCAAUCACCUUCAAGAAGAUCAAAUUCGUUUAUCCCAAAAGUGAAGAAAGUAUGGAGGUCCUCAAACAACACUUUGGCAUUGAGACACUACCAGUGCAGUUCGGUGGGAAAAAUGAUACAAAUUAUAACCAUGAGGAGUUCACAAGAAUGAUGACAAAAGAUGAGAUAAAAGCAGCUGCUGUAUGGGGUUUAGAAGAAAAGCCUGCUGAUGGAGUUUAAACUCCAUGAGAAUUAACUUCUUGCUGUUAUAAAAUAAGCAUAUAUGAAAUUGAUGAUAGCAAUAUAUCGGAAAAAUAUACGGAUAAAACAAGAUUACAAAAUUAUAGAGCUUUUAUAUUGGAAAAAUAUGGAGACUAAAUAAGCUUUAAAUUAUUGUUAUUGCUUC